AUGGCAGGGAUUUUGUACCCAGUGGUUUACAGGCCCCUAGGCAGGCUGCAGACUGUGACAAAACAGGUGGAACCUCUCAUGGGUACAGAUUCGAUUCGUCACAAAGUUACCAAAUCAAGAAUACCAGAUAAAGUAUUUCAGCCUUCGCCUGAACAUCAUGAAAAGCAUGGUGGGGAUCCACAGCACCCUCACAAACUGCAUGUUGUUACCAGAAUAAAAAGUAUGAUAAGACAACCGUAUUGGGAAAAAGAUGUAAUCAAGAUCCUUGAAUUAGACAAAGCACAUACUCCUCAAGUUCAUAAGAGCACCCCUUCAGUAAAUGCAAAACUGAAGGUGGUUAAGCAUCUUGUAAGAAUCCAGCCCCUGAAGCUCCCUCAAGGACUUCUCACAGAAGAGAAUAUGGCUAACACGUGCCUCAAGAGUACCAGGGAAUUAGUAGUGCAGUGGCAUCUGAAGCCUCAAAAAUCUGUCAAGGAAGAGCAUACCCUCAUUGUCCCAGAACCCUCACAAGAAUCUCCCGUCUGCCUGCUCCACACUGCCAGAUCAGGGGCCCACUUGAGUAGUCAGUAA